CAUGAGAAAGUUCAAGAGAAUUGUAUCGAUCUGGUUGGCUGUAUUGCUGAUCGUGGAAGUGAGUUUGUAUCUGCCCGGGAGUGGAUGCGUAUAUGCUUUGAAUUGCUGGAAUUAUUGAAAGCACACAAGAAAUCAAUUCGUCGCGCGGCAAUCAACACAUUUGGAUACAUUGCAAAGGUUGGAUUUGAGCGCAGGCUUCUUUAA